AUGAAAUGCAUUACAGCGGCUCUCUUCUUGGUUUGCUCUUUUUUAACGCGGAGCAAGAAAAGUCAAUAUUAUCGAGUGAAAAGUGUAAUUUAUUGGGUUGCCCAUUUUCAUUUUCCAUGUCUACAGAAAUUUCUCAUGGUAUGGACCGCAAUUCCUCUCCGGAUAAGGCAUCUUUCUCUACACCUUCUGAAUGAAUUAGUUCCUAUGGCAAGAACAGGCGGAAGUGCCGCAGUUGUUGGUAUGUUUGCUUGCUUUUGUCAGGCGGCACUGGAACAGAUACCGCACCUGAGAAUUCUUGUUUCCUUUGUUGAACGUGAAGAAAAUCAUUGGCUGGACUUGAUUUAUCAGAUGUCAGGACCCACAAGCUUGCCUUUACGCUUGCGUCGGUACGCGGUGCAGGAGGUUUCAGUCUUGUCACAUGCCUUCUUCCACUGCGUAAGCUCAGUGGGCGAUAUGAUAGAUCUUACUUUUAAAGCCAUGCAGAAUUGCCCGCAGCGAAGUAAUACUGUGCAGAAGGAGGAUUCUCUUGUCAUCCAACUCAUUGGAGUGCCCCGCGAUGUUGAGAUUCAAGGGGGAGAGGAAAUGCGGGUGGCAUCGUGGGGGGCGAGAGCGAUCGUGUUUACUCAACCUGCCGUUUGUGGUGCGUUGUCGGAAGAAUGGGGGAUUCAUUUUUCCGCUUGUCUACCGUCUGCGUCUUGUGACGGGCAUGCGCCGAUGUUUGAGUUACCUGAAUUGGGGAUGGAAGUGCAACGGGUCCUGCGAGCCGUUGAAGGCGAGAUGCCCACGUCCAUUGCGGUUCUUCACCUGCCAGAUGCUAUCAAGGUACUCUUACCUCAGCUCACAGAAGGAAUAUUUGUGAAGGAUUCCGUGACGCACGCUGUUUUGGGGCAAAAUUCAUUACUGCCACAUUUGCAGCAAAGACGGCGGGAACGCCAGGGAAUAGAUAACGUAGAGAAUCAAGUGAUGAUAAAUGAGGGAGUGGGGCUAAAUGUGAAUAAAUUGGUGGACGCCAACUCGGCGGAAGUAACGGAACAAGUUGGGGCAACAUGCUUGCUUCAACCUUCAAAUAGUUUUUCCAGAAAAUAUUUGGCGCGGCGAACGCUUAGGUGUAUCCCGUUACCGAAUAAAAUGAAUGAUUAUAAAGUGAAUUCUUAUUGGUCGUUAAGAAGACCAUCGGACCCCAAAUCCUCCCUCUCCGCACCUAUUCUGAGUAAGGGGAGUCCCUUGGCGCCUAUUGCGGCUAGGCGAGGGAGCAACUUAUUGAGAUCGGAGCGUUCUUUGAUUACCCCAUCUUGUGCAGAAGAGGUAAGAAACGCAAUUAAAAAACAUGAGCGUCAACGAAAUUCUAUUUCGAAUCGUCGGUUGAUGCGACGAGAACCCUUGCUCCCGGUGGUGUACGUGCAGAAAAGACUUUAUUGGCAGCGUGAGAGCGUCAGGGCAUUGGAGCUUAAAGAGAGGAAUAUGAUUGAGCUGGAUGAGAAAAAGUGCCGAAGAAUAGCCGAGGUGAAAAUUGAGCAAAUGAAUUGCGGAUCGCAGUGUGGUGCCUAUUCACCCCGUACGCAUGUUUUUUUGCUGAGGGCAAAGCAGAGGGCAACAUCUUUUUUUGCCUUGCCUCCUUUCUCGUAG